AGAGGUUCAAUAUUUCUCAAGGAGACGUCAGAUUGCCAACUUUAGCACACUGCAGGACCGACCAGCCACUAUGCGGCAUUAUUUCUGGGACAAGCCCACGGUCAAGUGAAGUGACCCAUGGUUGCCCACAAAUGCUUGCACAACACAAUAAUGAUAAUCCUAUAAAGAAUGACAACUGCGCGAAAAAAAGGAGUGAACGUCAUGCUAUGAAACCUGUUUGCAACGAAACCAGUGAGAGUAUUUUACGGCAAUAGUUCAAACUAACAGGCUGUACUCACGAUACGAGGCAGUCAUGAUCCUUCGCAAGGCUGUUCAGGCUAGCCUGGUGCGGGUAGCCUUUCUCUUCCACGGUCUGGCUGGGAUCGGCAUCCUCGUCUACUUCACUCAGAGUCCGCUCUACUUUGUCAUGGCUCUGGGAAUCUUACUCUUCAUGUUGGAACUGGUGACAACUCUACGAUACAACGAGAAGGGUGAAUGGCGGUGGUUCAUCCCAGCAGUGUUGCUGUACUUAGUCCUAGUCGUGCCGGUAGUCUGGAUAACGGAACUCGGCCUGCUGGAUUUCCGUGUGGCUCUGAAUGUGACCGGCAGCGGCAGUUGCCCAAGCCGGUUUAUCAUUCUGGACACAGUUGAUGAACACUGUAAACACGUCUUUGAGGAUGCCGUGGGCGGGGUGACUCAGAAACAACUGGAUAAAUACAACUUCGGCCAGACCUUCUCCACACUAUUUCAGCAGUCCUUCAUGCUGAUACUGAUCCUGGGCCGAUGGUUGUUGCCAAAAGGCGGCAUGACACGAGACGAGUUGUCUCAGCUGCUCUUGAUCUACGUGGCCAUGGCAGCCGACAUGUUGGAGUUCUCUAUCGAGACCUUACGCCUGUCCGAGAUCGCCUGUGAAAAGCUCAUCUACAAAGCCAUCCUGGCCGUGUGGUCCUGGUCCCUAAUCCAGUUCUCGUUUGGCCAGACCGUGGCCAAGCAGAGAUCCCGUCGGCUGAUCAGCAGCGUGGUGGAUCGGCAGGCUGGCGGGCCGCCAGUCAACUGCGUCACAUACCUUUGCGGGUCCGAGAUCUGGGCACUCCUGGUGGACGUGAUCCUGCAAGAUGGGCCUUACCUGGUCAUCCGGACCUACCUCAUCAUCGAGUACAGAAUCACUGACACCAUUCUCAUCUUCUUUGCGCUGAAGAACCUGCUCCUGGUGAUUAUGCAGCUCUACCGGUUCGCCGUCCUGAUCGUGGAUACGGGCAUCGAGUCCAGGAAGCGACUGGCAGCAGACCCGGAGGAACUGGGACUGUCCGUGCUGAAAGCGCUGCAAGAAGCCGGGGGAGGGCAGAGGGCCACCAACGGACGAGUCUCCGUCACGCUGGAGUUCUCAAACGAAGCUGUAGUUGUCGAGCCACAGCCAAUACUAGAGGAGGAGGAUUCGGUGAACGGGGAGAACUCAGUUUUGAAAAUGUCGCCUGAAGUUUUAUUUCAUAAUUUUUCGCAGGAUUUAAUUUGGAGUGGGGGGGGGGGGGGCUUCACAAAUACGACUAUUAAAAAAUAGACAUCAAAAGUAUACGUUGAAUAAAUAAUACACUCUAAACAAACAAGGCCCUUACAUCGAACCAAUACACGCCUCUGCUGCAGGAUUGCUGGCAAAGGUGCCAAUUCACAAGUAUAGCUCUAGCUCCUGGCGUGCAAUUGCAGGGUAACCAAAAAAGUUGUGCAAGCAGAUAUCGUUACAUUUCUCAAAAAGUACCCAACAUGAAAUAUUUCAUUUUGAGGGAGCAUAUUGAUUAUACUCUUGUGUAUGAUCAAUGAAAAUGUCAUGGAAAGCCAUUCAUGCAAACCAGAGCUGUAACAGAUUAUAAAAGGAUAAUGAGUUUUUCAACCAUUGCAAUCGCUCAACCAGUACUCUUCAAUGGGUCUUUUCAUUAACUGUAUCACAUUGGAACGGGUGAAAAACACACUGCCCUUUAUAAUCUAUUGUAUCUCUGGUUUGCAUGAAUGGAUUUUCAUCAAAUGUUCGCUGCGAUUAUACACAAGGGUUCAAACAAUAUACUCCAUCGUUAGGCCAAAAAAAAAAGUCUCCGGUUUCUGGUAUGCGCGCGCGUCGCCGUAGCCAUGCGCGUCGG